AUGUAUCCGUUGGGAAGCUGUGGGUGGGAAGGCCAUGAUCUAGGGCAGUUGAUUCGAGGCUACGUUCGCAAGGCCAUGGACGCGGAUCCACUUGGGACCCAUCUGGACUCGAGGUCUUUGGACGACGGUCCAUACGGCAUGCAAGUCUUUCGAUCCAAAUCUUUCAUUCCGUUCGAGAACACAGUGACCGGGUCACCAACCAAGGAAUUGCGAUGGGAGUCGUCUGCUGCCGGAAUCGAUACUUUCAGGAUACGGUCGACGUGGGACCCGUCAGAUCCUAUGCGGCAAGCCAUCAGACCAGAUAUUGCCAGACCGGGUAACCGACUCGAUCAUCAGACGCUGGUCGGACGACCAGAUCGACCGCAGGACCGCCAACUGGCGACUGCAUCAGACGUGAGACCUCAGCGGUCAUUUAUCUACGUUGCGGCCCCGCUGGUCGGCCGGUCCGCUAGCUAUCCUGGACGCGCUGCAACUCCUCUUCCUCAGCUCAUGAUUGAUAUCAACUAA